AUGCUUUUCAAUGCACGGGAAGGGUCUCUUCCAGGAGCCUCAUGGGCGUGGAAACGGGUACUGCGGUUUGGAGUCGCAUUUUUGGUCGUGGUAGGAUUUGUCAUGGUACUUUGGCCCUCGGUCGAGCCCGUGAAACUGCCAAUGCAGACCAUUGCCAACAUCACCGUCGCUCCCGAUGUCUCCUGCGAAAUCGACUAUGAUAGAUUAGUCGCCCUAGACGUUCGAAAGAUCUCUCAAUAUACCCGCCGAGAAAUCGUUCUCGACAUGACGGAAGGACCGGUGCCCUACAAGCAGCGUCUCGAUGAGCCGUUCUUCCAAGCAAAGGGCACUGAGGGGGCGGCAGAUGGAUGCUCCAUUCCUGCUCCGAUCAACUUGCAGGUUCCCGAACCGCCGAAAUCGGUAGACGCAUCACACAUCGAUUUCGGAGUCGCGACCAGUAUAGAGAGAUUGAAUGACUCUCUGGAUGCGUUCGCACACUGGGCCGGAUAUUCGCGCGCCCGCAUGUUCGCGCUGAUUGAGACGGAUCGUUCGGAGAACGGAGUUCGUGAUGUCAAAGCCAAGGCCGAUGCUCUGGGGAUCAAUCUCCAUAUCACGCAGUCGGACGACGACUACCUCCACCGGUACUUUGCGCUUAUACCUCUUUUGGAAGAACACGCUCGGGAAUCCACCCAAUGGGGCUGCGUCAUUGACGACGAUACAUUCUUCCUAUCGAUGCCCAGGUUGGUUGAUGCGCUCAGCAAAUACGACCACACCACUUCCAUGUAUAUUGGCGGAUUGUCGGAGUCCAUCCCGCAGAUUGCGACUUUCGGAAUGAUCGGAUUUGGAGGCGCGGGCGUCUUCUUAUCGAAACCUUUAAUGACGGAAAUCACCAAUGUAUACGAUGAGUGCUCUGCAAUGGAUUUCACAGGCGAUCGCCGCAUCGCCAUCUGCAUCUACCGCUACACCCAGACUCGGCUGACGGUGGAUCACCGUCUACGCCAGUUGGACCUGAUGCACGAUGCUUCCGGGUUCUUCGAAUCUGGUCGUGAACCCCCGCUCACAGUGCAUCACUGGAAGUCCUGGUUCAAAGCAGACAUGCCGAAGCUGGCCGUAGUCGCCGAGCUGUGCGGUGCCAGCUGCUUACUCCGCCAAUGGCACUUUGGCGACGGUUGGAUCCUGACCAACGGGUUUUCUGUGAUCAAAUAUCACGUCGAUCCCGAUGCGGACGACAUAACCAUGGAGAAAACCUGGGACUCGCACAAUGGCGCCGACGAUGAAGCCUACCUGCACGAACUAGGUCCCCUCCGCCGCAAGGACGAGGACAAGAAGAGCUUCCAGCUGCGUGACGCCAUUUUUGAGAAUGAACGUGUCACGCAGUGGUAUAUCAGGCCCGAUUCGAAGAACGGUGACCAAGUCUUGGAGCUGACAUGGCGCAAGAGGUAA